GUCAUGGUAAGUUUAACCAACUUUGGUUCUCUGUACUUUACUUUCGUUCGUGAAUUAUUAGAGUAGUUUUUCCCUAAGGUAUUAGACUUAAAAUGAAUCUAUUUUAGCGAACUUUGGUGAAGAUUUAUAUUAUUUAUUCUCAAAACUGCAAAACUUGUAGAUUUUGUUCUCCGUUGAACUUUGGUGGCUGUUGUAAUUAUUCAUCUCCCAGAGCAGCAGUUUUGAUAAAUCUGACAGGGUAUUCCUUCUUGUUUCAAUUUAUGGUCUAUGGCCAAACAUAGUCCCCAAGGUCCCAUUUGUGUUCAAAUAGUAUUCCCGUUAAGUUUUUGGCUAUUUUAAUUUGGCUGUUUCUCCCGGAUAGAUGUCUUUAUUGAUAUUACACGGCUUCCGCACACCGGAAUCAUUUUCACCUAGCUUUUACUUGCGGUUUUUAUUCAGGUGAUAUCCAAAUCAAUACCAAAAGAGCAUUUCCAAUUUCUCAUAUUAGUUAUUUCUUAUUGAAAAAUAUCACCUCUAGUAAGUACUUUGUUGCCAUGGAAACCGAAACACGCAUACGCUCCUUCUCUACUGCAUCAAAAAAAGGAUCAUCAGUUUUGGGGCAGUUUAAAGUUGCAGCAUUUCGGCUAAGAGAUGCGACCAUCUCCCAAACCGGACGAGGACGUUGGUUCCUUCAAGUUGCCUGGUUGAUCAUUUACAUCGCACUUAUAACUUGUCUGUUGUUUCAAUUCGCCAAGUUGAUUAAAAUGUACUUCGAUUAUCCAACUGAUAUUGACAUUGAAAUUAUCUCGAAGCCCCAGCUGGAGUUCCCGGCUGUGACGGUAUGUAACGAGAACCCACUGAGGAAGUCGCUAGUUGGGAGGAUCGUUGAGUACGAAGACCUGCUGCUGCUUGACCGAUUCGUCAUGAGUUCGGUUCAGUCGUUUGCAGAAAACGCCUUCAAUCGAGGUCAGUUGUCAUCGUGUGAAGAAAAUGACCACAGGUGCAAUCGAAGCGGAACCUGCAUACCUUUCAGAUGGGUCUGCAAUGGAAUCAGUAACUGUGAAGAUAGCAGUGAUGAAGAUCCAUUCUUCUAUAACUGCACGGAGAUAGAACAAAGAAGAUUAAAUAACAUAACUGACGAACAGGGCAUUUGUGCAUGGCCUUAUAUUCAGUGUCCGGGUGAAGCAUACUGUGCGCUACCAUGUGAUGUUCAAAACGAAUGUCACUGGAGUGAACCAGACGGAAACGUCUUCGAUACAGUAGAUCCAAUCAACUGUUUGAUAGACAAAUGUGAAACAAUCUAUCAUGCCAAAGAGAGUCCUAGAGUGUUUUCGUCCAAGAAUUACCCGGGAAAUUAUGAAGCGGACAUGGAUUGCACGUGGACAAUUAAAGCGCCAAGGGGAUCUGAGCUUAUCUUGACUAUUCUGGAUUUACAAGUGGAAGGAGUAAUGGGUAUGUGUAAGGAUUAUAUUGAAAUUUUCGACGGUAGUGACAUGAAAACAGCACGGCAUUUAAGAGUGGGCUGGUUUAAGCAUAUUUGUGGAGACGGCCUCCCUUCUAUUGUGGAUUUUUUCCCAAGAAGUCAAGUUGUCGUGAUACGGUUUCGUAGUGACUCAUUACUGAAUGAACGCGGAUUCCAAAUGAGUUAUGUGGCAAGUCCUAGGUUUCCCUCUCCUGGAGAUAUGAAGAUUCUAGAUAUCAAUGAAACAUUGGAAUUGCGUAAUGAAACAUUGGAAUUGCGUAAUGAAACAUUGCAAUUGUAUAAUGAAACAUUGCAAUUGCGUAAUGAAACAUUGGAAUUGCGUAAUGAAACAUUGGAAUUGCGUAAUGAAACAGUGGAAUUACGUAAAGAAACAUGGGAGUUGGGCAAUGAAUCAGUAAGAGCUAAGCGGUCGGAACAAAGCUUUGAUUACGUGAACGGUGACUAUUAUGAAAUGGAACCCCCAGAACCAAACGUGCCGCUGUUAACAACUGAAGAACCAUGGCCCGAUUUUGAUUAUAAUGAUUGGGACUUCAAUUAUAACUACAACUACUACGUGAGUCUCGAAGCUUACGAGACUUUCGUUAAGCAGUUUGACCCACAUGUUCAGUUUUACACUGUCAAACCACACGAUUUUUACAGCCUCCUCAAAGCCUCAGAACUGUCCGAUUUUUCUGACUUCAGACUCGCAGUUCUUUUUUCGAAAGAUUUAGUUUUGUAUAACGGGCACCAAAAACAGGAUUUCAUAGUUCAAUGCACUUAUGAUGGUAGAAAAUGUGACGCGAACUUCUUCAAAACCUUUCAGGAACCUUUCUAUGGUAACUGCUUCAGCUUUAACUCUAUAAGGGACCAAAAUACUUCGAACCCUUGGUUCAUUCGAUCAAGUAGCAAGACUGGCCAGGAGUUCGGACUAAAGUUGACACUUUUCCUCGAUACCGAUGAGUAUAUGGGGUUGCUUGCACCAACGGCCGCAGUGCGAGCAGUCAUUCACGACGCUAGAACGCGACCUUUAGUGAGAUCGCAAAGUUUCGCAGUCGGAGCCGGAGAAGCAACUUAUAUCUCACUGCGGAUGAAUGUAAUUGAAAGACAGGGUGGCAAAUACAGCAAUUGUGCAGAUAAAUGGCCCAACUUUCUGAAACUGAAUUCUGAAUUUGCGAAGAAAUGGCCGCAGUAUGACGAGGAUACCUGUUUGUACUUUUGUGUUAUAAACACUAUGGCUACAAGGUGUAAUUGCACAGACAGUUACGAACAUGGAUUCAGCGAAGAUGAGCACAUUAACCUCGUGUCUGAAUGGCACUGUGAUUUAAGGUAUGAAUCGGACAGUCGAUGUCGAAGAAGUGUCUACGACGACUUCAGAGAUAAUCUUCUCAAGUGUGAUUGUCCUCAUGAAUGUGAAACCAUUGAUUUCGCUCAACGACAGUCCUCGGGGCCCUGGCCCACUAAAGCAUACGCUCCCUACUUUGCAUCCAGAAUGCUGGAAUCUAAAUCAAAGAGAGUGAUUAAAUACAUGAAGAAAAUGCUGGCUGAAAAUGUAGUCGACGAAGAAACACUUCAGCGUCAUUUUAGAAACAAUUUUGCAAGGCUUGAGGUUUUCUACGAAGCUCUUAAUUUUCAGAAAAUUUCAGAGUCCAGCUCGUAUGACGUCACAGCUUUGUUGAGUGAUUUUGGAGGAAAUUUGGGACUCUGGCUCGGAUGGAGUGUGCUAAUACUGUUCGAGAUUCUUCAGUUUUUGUACGAGUGCUUAGAAAUAAUUAUCAAAGCAGCGAUUUCGUGCCGAUAAUAUAAUUUUUGAAACAGGAAAAAAACUUUUGUAUUGCAUGAGAUUGUU